CGCGUUUACGAAUCAGUCGGUUGUCUCUCGAGCCUCGCAUCUAUCGAGUCUCCUUUGGAAUUGCGGACAGCGUUUUCUCUGAGCUUCCCGUCGGAGCUCACACACGUUGUCCGUAACUUUUUCCUUCCCUCGAACAAACCUCUUCGUCUCACUGCUUUUUUGUACAUUUCAAAGGGAAUCUCAAAAUGUACGUGGGAUUGCACAUCGUGCGAUCCUCGAGGAUCGCUGGUUACCAGUUUUCAAGGAGGUGCGCCUCGACUACUCCCGGAAUUUGGGUUAACCAUCUCCAGACCGGUAACCGAGUGGAUUUUCGACGAGAGGUACAAACAGCUGAGAGACCAAGACGCGCGACUUUCACCGAGCGAAAUCAACUGAAGUACGCGAGGCGUCUUGUCGUGAAACUCGGUAGUGCGGUUAUCACGAGAGAGGAUGAACACGGUUUGGCACUUGGUCGUCUCGCAUCGAUUGUCGAACAAGUUGCCGAAUGUCAGAUCGAGGGCCGGGAGUGCAUAAUGGUGACGAGCGGAGCUGUUGCAUUUGGCAAGCAAAAGCUCACGCAGGAGCUUCUUAUGUCGCUAUCGAUGAGGGAGACGCUCAGCCCAGCCGAUCACACGCGAGAGCACGUUGGAACUCUGCUCGACCCAAGAGCCGCAGCGGCCGUCGGUCAAUCCGGUCUCAUGUCACUGUACGACGCAAUGUUCGCCCAAUACGGAGUCAAGCUCGCGCAAGUACUCGUGACGAAGCCAGAUUUCUACAACGAGGAGACCCGCAAAAAUAUUUUCAGCACCCUGAGCGAAUUGAUAAGCCUGAAUAUCGUUCCCAUAAUCAACACGAACGACGCCGUCUCGCCGCCACCGCAGUCCGACGAGGAAGUCUCAGGCGGGGGUGGUCGACGCGGCAUUUCCAUAAAGGACAACGAUUCCCUAGCGGCUAUGCUGGCGGCGGAAAUUCAGGCUGACCUCUUGAUCCUGAUGAGCGACGUCGACGGCAUUUAUAACUUGCCACCCUGGCAGGAUGGGGCGAAGAUGCUUCACACCUUCACCUCCGAUCUGCGGGGGACCAUCAAAUUCGGACAGAAAUCUAAAGUCGGGACGGGAGGAAUGGACUCGAAAGUAAAUGCCGCACUUUGGGCACUCGAUCGCGGAGUCUCCGUAGUCAUUUGCAACGGAACUCAGGAAAAGGCCAUCAAGAGCAUCAUGGGAGGGAGGAAAAUCGGUACUUUCUUUACCGAGAGCAGCACCACGUCUGCCCCCGUGGAAGUCGUCGCUGAAAACGCCCGCGUUGGGAGCCGAGUCCUCCAGGCACUGGAGCCAGAGCAACGUGCCGGUGCGAUAAACACCCUGGCGGAGCUUCUGCAUUCGAAGCAAGAUGAGAUUCUCGCGGCGAACGCAAAAGAUGUUGAGGAAGCGACGAGCAGCGGUCUGGCGAAGCCGCUUCUCUCGAGGCUCUCAUUGACGCCAUCGAAGUUGAAGUCGUUGAGCACGGGACUGCGUCAAAUAGCGGAGGACUCUUUGGAGAACGUGGGUCGCGUGUUGCGGAGAACAAAACUAGCGGAGGAGCUGGAACUGCGCCAGAUAACGGUCCCGAUUGGUGUGCUGCUCGUGAUAUUUGAAUCCCGGCCAGACAGUUUGCCACAAGUAGCAGCACUCGCGAUGUCGAGUGCAAACGGCUUGUUACUCAAAGGAGGCAAAGAGGCGGCUCACAGUAAUCGCUGCCUGAUGGACCUCGUGAAAGAAUCGUUGAGUUCGGUCGGCGCAGCGCAGGCAAUUUCGCUCGUAUCGACGAGAGAAGAAAUCGGGGAUUUGCUAGCGAUGGAAAAGCACAUCGACCUUAUUAUACCCCGGGGAAGUUCGGAACUCGUGAGAAGUAUUCAGGAGCAAUCGAAGCACAUUCCUGUGCUGGGACACGCGGAGGGCGUGUGCCACGUUUACGUCGACAAAGACGCCGACCUCGCGAAAGCAUUGCACAUAAUUCGGGACUCGAAGUGCGAUUAUCCGGCAGCCUGUAACGCCAUGGAAACUCUCUUGAUCCACGAGAGUCUCAUGAGCGGAAGUUUCUUCAGCGAGGUUUGCAGCAUGCUCCAAAAAGAAGGGGUUAAAAUCAACUCGGGACCGAAGUUGCGAGAACAAUUGACCUUCGGGCCACCCGCUGCCAAGAGCAUGAGAACCGAAUAUGGAGCUCUCGAGUGUACCAUUGAACUCGUUCCCGAACUCGACGGAGCGAUAAAUCACAUUCUCAAAUACGGCAGCGCUCAUACUGACGUUAUCGUUACCGAAAAUUCACGGAGAGCCGCACACUUCCAACGCGAAGUCGACAGCGCUUGUGUAUUUCACAAUGCCAGCACUAGGUUCGCCGAUGGAUUCAGAUUUGGUCUUGGGGCUGAGGUCGGCAUUUCAACGUCGAGAAUUCACGCUAGAGGACCAGUCGGAGUGGACGGUCUUCUGACGACGAAGUGGGUACUCCAGGGCAACGGACACGCUGCGUCAGAUUUUGCGGAGGGCGGCACAAGAACUUGGCUCCAUCAACACUUGCCCGUAAACGAGAGGGCAUGAAGUUUGACAAGGGUUUUUAUUCCGUCAGUGGUAAAGACGCGAUGUUCCCGGUCGACCUUGAUCGACAUUGAGCCUGAAAAAGUGACGGAUCGGGGGCAAGGCUUUUACGCGACUUCUCCGAUUCGGUUAUUCCGGCGACUGCGAAACUUUCUUCGUUCUUAUUUUCACGGACCAGCUUGACGGAGGAUUAUUCAUCAUUUUUUUUUCUUGUUCGUGCGAAUCGUAAACUCUGACUGUUGGCUAUUGUGGUAUUUUGACGUAUCGAGAAGCCAAAUAUUUUUGCAACGACGUCUCCAUGGGAAAAAAGAUCGGAAAAAAUAUUGUGAGAUUUUGAAAAUAUUUUUGAGGACAUAAAUUGAUCUUCUCGAAGACCGAAGAAACUUGCAACUGUUGAAAAUUUAGGGGAAGUCAUAAUUUCGUAGAGAAUUUUAAGAUAAAUCACAAACCACAAGAUUUUUACGAAUGUGUUAUAAUUUUCUGAGUAAUAACUCACGUUCAUACGUCAAUAUUUAUGUGUGCGAUACUGCCAAGGAAAAUCUGUGAAUGGUGAGGAAAGAAAAAUCUGUCGCUUUGAAAAUAGUGAAAGUAAAAAGUUGUCACAGCCAACGAGUUUAUGCCGGGUAUGAAAAGAGGAGAGAAAAAGCGUGCGUACAUCACUCGUGGUCAGUGAGAAGGCCGGCGAGAAAAGGCUCUUUGGAAGUUUGCCACGCUUUUCUAACGUCCCUCGAGCGACUUUCUCCCUUUUUAGUCCGUUGGGUAUACGAGAGAAAAGAAUAUCUUGGGAAGUUUCAAGUACAGAUAUGAGUGGCGUAAACAUAUACGUAAAUAUUGAGAUGAAGGGUCGUAGGAGAAGAAAGAAGCCUUUCUCGGCCCUUCGAGAAAAAUGGGUCAAUCCUCAAAGGGAAGAGCGCACGAAAACAUGGAGAAAAAUCAACAGCGACGCUUACGGGAGCACGAGCUGAGAAUGUAAAUAUUAAAAGAAAUAAAAUAGGCAAAUUAUCGUAAA